AGGAGGAUUUCCCCCGUGAACUCCUACUUCUCAAGAACGUGAGCAUUUUUGCACCCCUUUUUCCCAAUUGUAUUUUUCCCCUCCGAGUAAAAACGUGCACCAUGACGCUGAAUAAAUACUCGUACUUCUUCAAUUGCAUAAAGUGGCGCGAAGAGGCGUCAGUGGCUCUUGCAGAAAAAACGCGACACUAUCACUCCGCUUUAUUUUUUACACCGAACUUACGAAAAAUAAACGGUCUCUCGCAUGAUCAAAGCGCAACCUCUUUUGACACCAAGUAAUUUUGAUCUAAUUCUAAAGUACAGUAAUCUAUCAGUUUUGAAAUUUAAAUAAUAAUUCAAAGUAGUCACUGUUGCUCGCCGUGUUUUUAUCCAAAUCCGCAAAUUCCGCACGACGUUUCAAUUCCUGAAGGCGAAUAACCUCGAACCGGUCUUCACAACAACGAACUACAACCUUCGACGAAUCGCUUGAAGUAGCGCUCGAUGGUGCGAUUGGCGGUGACGGCGGCGCGCAGCCGGCGCAGCGGCGACGACGAUAGCGACGAAGAGGUGGUGGCGUCGUCGAAGAAUGCCGCCAGCAACUUCGCCCGUAGUCGCAGCGCCACGCGGACGCUCACCGACCGGGGGCCCUGCGGCAAGUGCAUGCGGCGCGUGGGGCGGUACGUCCGGCGGAUCACCACCCGGCGGCCGCGGUACGGCCUGGACCUGGAGCCGAACGCGCUCGGGCUGUUCCCCCUGGAGAACUCCUUCCGCCAGCGGUGCCUGAAGAUCGUGGAGACCCAGCUCUUCGACGGCUUCAUUUUGAUGCUGAUCCUGCUGAACAGCUUCUGUCUGGCCGCCUACCACCACCGCGCGGUCUACAACAAGCCCAUGUCGGACCCCAAGUGCCAGACCACCCCGCCCGCGUUCGGGUGCGGCCGCGACAAGCACUGGGUCAACAACGUGUCCGACACCAUGGACCCGGUCUUUUUGGCGAUUUUCGUGGUGGAAAUGCUGAUGAAGAUGGUGGCCUACGGGUUUUUCUGGGGCAAGAAGACCUACUUAUCCGACUCCUGGAACUGGCUCGAUUUCAUCGUGGUCGUGACCGGCGUGGCCUGGUGGUUCCUCGAGAAUUUAACGGUGAACAGCACCAUCACCAUGCUCCGGGUCUUCCGGGUGCUGCGCCCGCUGCGGGCACUGACCACCAUGCCGGAGAUGAAAGUCCUUGUGAACACGGUGCUGCAGAGCAUCCCCAAGCUCGGGUCGGUGCUGAGCAUGACGAUUUUCCAGUUGUUCAUCUUCGGCGUUUUGGGUCUGAACUUGUGGCAGGGCAUCUACGAACGCCGGUGCCGCACGCGGCCCGACGUCCAGUGGGUGACCACGUCGAAACCUGGCUGCGCCAUCCUGCCCGGGGAGCACGGCCGCUGGGAGUGGCCGCUCGCGCUGGACGACGACGGGGCGGUCGUUGGGCGGCCCUGCGGCGGCCGCUACAUGUGCCAGGACCUGAUCCAGCACGCCUACUUCGGGGACGACAUAUGCGGCUCGAACAGCAUUUUCGACCUGGAGAAGGACUUCCGGCCGUCCUUCCCGACGCAAGUCACCUCCGCGGUCGACAACCAAGUCCAUGUGUUCGGCGACGACAACAAGGCCGCCGCGAAGUUCGGGGAGUGGUGCGAAAACUCCAAGUUGAUCAACGCCGGGGGCUUGUACAGCAAGAAAAACGACCCGAAUUACGGGUAUGGCAUCACGAAUUUUAACAACAUCUUGAACGCCGUCAUCGUCAUCUUCCAGUGCAUCACCAUGGAGGGCUGGACCGACAUCAUGUACAUGUCACAGGUAAAAAUGGAAAGGGAUUUUUUUUUGUUUCAAUUUUUUCUAGAUUUUUCGUGCGGGGUAGGUUUUUUCAAGAAUGCAUUUUUUGCAAGAAGUUUUUACGUGUUUCUGCUCAUUUGUGAUCAGUACCUCAAAUGCAAAUCAAACACUCGACCCCUCUCGCCCUAACAGGACGCCCACUCGAACGACUUUGCGUUCAUCUACUUCUGCUUUCUCGUGGUGAUUGGUAGUUUCUUCCUGCUGAACGUGGCCCUGGCGGUGGUCUGGGACGCUUUUCAGGAGUUGUCGAAGAAGUUCGAGCAGGGUUUGAUGGACGAAGAGGAGCCCGCGCCGAUAGAGGGGGAGGAAGAGAAUUCCAGCUCGUCCGACAUAGCGGCAAAACAAGCCGGCGAAAACGACGGCGCCUCGAAGGAGCUGCCAGACGUGGGGUCUAGCGCCAUCGUGGAAAUGGUCCCGGCAUCUGAAGUGACCGGUGCGCAACAAGAACCGGGAGCCCUGGUCGAUGUUAGCCAAGAAGCCCCUGCGGCAAACGACGCCGAAAAUAACGCGGAGGGCGCGCACGCGGCUGACGCCACGAGUUCCGCCGGCGCGGAAAACGAGGACGACGACGAGGAUGAGGAGAGCGACAGUCCCCGACCGGGCCAGUUCCAACGCGCGAAGAGCAGCGCCCUUCUUGUGUACGAGGACGAAUACAAGGUGAAAGCGGCAUUUGACUUCGCGUCGACGGGCUUUUUCCAGAAUUUCGUGAUGGCGUGCAUCAUUUUGAACAUCAUCAUCAUGAUGAUGGACGCGCACCCGCCGAUCAAGCCGCCACUGUCCAACGUGCUGGACAGCAUGAACACCGUGUUCACCAUCAUCUUCCUGAUCGAGAUGGUGAUCGUCCUCGCGGCCAUCGGCCCGAUUGCGUACGUGAAGGAAUUCUGGCACGCACUGGACGGUAUCAUCGUCGUCUUCUCCGUCGCGGAACUGUUCUCCGACGGCGGCGGCGGCGCGCUGAAAUCGCUGCGGCUGCUCCGUAUCAUCAAGCUCGCGAAGAAAAACGAGAACUUCCGGAAGCUGUUGCAAGCAGUCGUGCAGACGGUGCUGUCCAUGGGCCACUUCACGCUUUUGCUCUGUCUGAUGAUCUUCGUGUUCGCGCUGAUGGGCAGCAUCAUGUUCGCGAACAAGCUCAAGUUCGACCCCAAUACGGAUGAGCCGGUGCCGGAAGACCAGGCCUGCCCGGGCGGGACCAGCGACUGGGAUCAUUCUUGUGUGCGGCGGAGCAACUUUGAUUCCUUUCUGUGGUCCGUGGUCACCGUGUUUCAAGGACUAACGGGCGAAAACUGGAAUGCCCUCAUGUACGACGGCAUGCGCGGCGCGGGGUAAGAUUUUCAUUCAGUGUUUUUUGGAAAAGAGAACUUUUUUUUUGGUGUCGAUUCAUUUAUUCCAUAUUGCAUGUCAGUUGAUUCAUGAGUUCCUUCGAGUCAUUGAGUUGUACCAUCUGCAUCUAGAUCUAGUACACAAAAACUCUGUCUAACUACGACGUGCAAAAAUUAUACGCAUACAAUCAGGUUUGCGUAUUUCAUGUUCCACUUCGCCAUGGUAGUCCUGGGUAUGUGCAUCAUCUUCAACCUGUUCUUGGCCAUCCUGAUGGCGAACUUCCAAGACGCCGCCGAGGCGGUCCGCGCGGAGGAGGAGCAGAAGCGCGAAGAACAGGACGCCAAGGACGGCGUGUCCCCCGAGGACCGCAUCAACUGGGAGCAGUUUUUGCGGGACUUGAACCAGGAAAACGAGUUUGUGGAAGAGGUCGAGGGUGGUGUGGUGGAUGAAGAAACCAUCCGCCGCAUCGACUUCCACAAUUCCAAGCGCUCGGACGGCGGGUUGAUCGAAAGUUACAUGAAGCGGGCGGACCUGAAGAAGCUGAAAGCGAACAUGAAGAAGCAGCGCCAGGAACAAGCGCAGAAGUACGCGAGCAAAACGACUCCCAGUGGUGCUGGGGGCGAGACGACGACCGGCGCCGGCCUCGAGCUCGCGAACCUUGGUGGAGAGGACCCGGCAAAGGGGGCAGAUGACGCGGAUAAUAAAGCAGAGCAAGACGCAGAAGCCCCCGCUCCCGGAGAUGUUGAAGGCGGUGCUGAGACCUCCGCUGUGGUAGAUUCAUCCGGUUCCGCCCCAUCAGAGGAGAACAAGAAGAAGUUCGGGAUGCUGCGCAGAGGCUCCGUGGUGCUGGAGGCGAAGGAGACGCGGAUGGUGCAGAAGGACGAUCAUUGGUUGGUCCCCAUCUGCGUCGCCAUCUGCGAGCACAAGCGGUUCGACCAGUUCAUUCUGGUGAUGAUCGUGCUGUCCAGCAUGGGUAUGGCCUUCGACGACCCGCUGAUCUACCCGCAGCACCCCGGCGCGGUCGCGCUCACCGUGAUGAACAUCAUCUUCACGGUGAUCUUCACCACGGAGAUGGCCAUCAAGCAUGUGGCCAUGGGCUGGCGGACCUACUGGCGCAGCGGCUGGAAUGUGCUGGACGGCGUCGUCGUCACGGUGUCCUUAAUUGACAUGGCGUUCUACUUUGUCAGCCUCACCAUGGACGAAGAUUCCGAUACCGACGUGUCCUUCUUCAAAACCCUGCGCAUCCUCCGCGCGUUCCGCCCCCUGCGCGUGAUCUCGCGCAACCCAAAUCUGAAGCUCGUGGUGAACACGAUCUUCGCGUCCCUGCCGCAGCUGCGGACGCUGGCGAUGCUGAUGAUGCUCUUCUUCCUGAUCAUCGGUCUGAUCGCGAUCAACUACCUGAAAGGCGCCUUCAACGAGUGCAGCGGGUUGGACGUCUACACGCUGAGGCGACAGAUGGAAAUCAACCUGACCACGCCCACCACAGCGAUGUGCGAAUACGAUUGCACCGCGGCCGAAAACUGCUCCCAGGGCAAGCGGUUAAUCAAGCAGACGGGCGCGAGUUGCGCCGCCGGACAGCAGGCGUACCAGCGGCCGGCGCCGGACGUGCCGAUCUGCUUAGCGUACUGUCCGCUCGAGGAGACGGGCGCGGGCGUUUGCGCAUCGUACCCCGCACUGAAACGCGUGACACGGUUCGACGACAACGGGGUGCGGGUGUCCGAUCUCCCAAAUCGCUGCAACUUCCCGGCCGCCACGUCCACUGCGGCGGCGCCGGUCCGGCAGCCCGAGUUCGCCGCGGGGGUGCCGCCCGCGUGGCAGGCGGCCCUGGAGUACAAUCUGAUGUCGUGCAGCAGUUGCAAGGCGCGGUACUGCAGCGAGAAGGAGAUUUCGCAGCAGUGCAUCGAUUUCUGCGAGGACGACUUGCUCGGCCAGUGCAGCGACAGCUGCAAAGACAACACGGGCAGCGCGGCCUGCGUGGCCUGCCGCACCGAAUGCAAAUCCGCGUGCGCCUGCGAGGACAAUUGCCAGGCCAUGACGCAGGACGCGGCACUCUGCGUCGAACAGGGCGCGAGCACGGGCGAGCAGGCCUACAAGUGGAUGCCGCGCAUCAGCCAAAAUUUCGACAACAUAGGGGACGCGGUGGUCACGCUGCUAGAAAUCAGCACCACCGAGGGCUGGGUCGACGUCAUGCUUUCCGCGGUGGACGCCCGCGGGAUUGACCGGCAGCCGUUACGCGAUUACGCGGAGGUGUGGACUUUGUUUUUCGUUCUCUUCAUGCUGGUCGGGUGCUUCCUGAUUUUGAACCUCUGUGUGGGUGUCAUUGUCGAUUCCUUCGCCGAGAUGAAGAAGGCGCAGCAACACCCCGCCAUGUCGCUGCUGAUCACGCCCGCACAGCAGAAGUGGAUCAACACGCAGAAGAUGCUGCACACGCGGAAGAUCUUCUUGUCGUUGAAGCACCUGGACACCUACAGCCUCCGCCGCCGGCAGAUGUUCUUCCUGGUCAACGACGACCGGUUUGAGGGGUUCAUCAUGACCUGCAUCGUGCUGAACGCGCUCGUCAUGGCCAUGAGUGUGUUCCCCGACGACCCUGCGGGGAAGGGCUUCGACUGGGACACGUACGACUCCACGCUCUUCGCGCUGAAUUACGUGUUCUCCGCGGUCUUCGUGAUUGAAGCUAUCAUGAAACUCUUCGCACACCGGUUGUACUACUUUUCCGACUAUUGGAACGUGUUCGACUUCAUGCUGGUGUUAUCGACGAUUGUCGGGGUGGUCCUGGAGUUCGCGUUGGACAUCCAGCUCGGGCCCCUGCUCUCCAUCAUGCGUAUGUUCCGCGUGGCGCGCCUGCUGCGGUUGCUGCAGUUCGCGAAAGGGUUGAACAAGAUCUUCACGGCGUUUCUGUUGUCGAUCCCGAAACUUUUGAACGUGGCCUGCAUCUGCUUCUUACUGCUGUUUCUUUUCGCCGUAAUGGGCAUACAGCUGUUCGGAAAGGUCCAGUUCGCUGCGACGCACGACGAACGCGGGAAUUUUCGCUCGUUCUACCGGUCGAUUAUGACGUUGGUCCGCGCGAUGACUGGCGAAGCGUGGAACGAGAUCAUGCACGACCUGGGCCGGGGCGCGUUCGCGUUCGGAAAAUUCGACGGGGCCCCGUGCGUGGCGGACUUCGGUUUGCCCAAUAAAGCGGCGUACGACAUGGUCAACGAGCGGUGCUUGAUUGAGCACCCUAUCGGGUGCGGGAACAAGGCCAUGUCGCACUUGUACUGGGUGAGCUACACCAUGGUGAUAACCUUCGUGGUUUUCAACCUAGUUGUUGCGGUCAUUUUGGAGGGCUACGAAGACUCCACGCAGAAAACGGAGGAGGAAAUCGUCAAUCAGGCGAUUGACCUCUGGAAAAAGUACGACCCCAACUUCCGGCUCAAAAUAUCACUGCAUAAAGUGCCCGACUUUGUCACCGAGUGCCGCACACUAGUCGAGGGAAAGGAGCCGGGGGAAGGUACAACACCUAUAUAGAAGAUAGAAUUUUUUUUUAGAUGGGUGGGUAGUUGAUGUACUUACUAGCUGAGAUCAUGAACACAGCGCCGCGGUUCCUUGAGUAGGACACGCGCAACCAAGAUGUUCAGGUUUUUUUUUGUUCUGGAACAAUGAUGAAUCUGAGGGAACAAGAUGCUUUAUGCAACAAGGGAAGGAGGUGAUGGUUCUUUAAGCGCUGCAGCGAACAACUCGUGGCUCGCCCAAGCUAGCUUCACCUUUCUGUACACUCUUCAAAACCCUCGCUUCGUUCCUCCAAAAUUAUUCCCAAACUUUUUUCUACAGACCCGAACAAGCUGACAGAAAGAGAAAAGGCAUUCUUGCAUCUUCGCGGGGAUGUGCAUGGCGAGCUGACGUUCUUAUCGGUGGUGCAGCACUGCAUCCGCGUUGUGAUGUUCUACGGUGUUGAAGAUGAGGAGGAAAGAAGCUACCUGAUGCGCGAUAUCAGCAUGGUGGAACAGAGCGUCCUGGAGCCGGGGGAGCCCAACUUUCACAAGCACCUGAAGCGCGCGAUGACCCGGGGGCAAUUUAUCUCCGAGGAGAACGGCGAACCGCAGAGCCCCGAGGGCGCGGUGGUAUCCAUACUCCAGACCAACAAGGACAAGAGCGACAAUCCGUUUCUGGCGAAAAUGAGAAGUUCAAACGGGGCCGCGGGGAACAACGGAGCCACGACCACUACAAUUAGCGCCGAGGCUGGUGCAGCAGCCUCCAGCAGUGCAGAGCACCAGUCGCCUCCUGCGACGGAUGAACAAGAAGAGGAACCAAGCAAGCCCGUCGAGGGCGAGCAUAGUAGCAUGCAACCAUUGGAGAUCGAGGAUGUAAGGACUUCCCCGGAUUCUUCAUCCAAGGCUCGUCCACAAAGGCCCGGCUUUCUGUUCUACAGUGGGGAUGAUAACGAUUCUGACGAAGAGGAGGAAGUUGAAGAAGUACAGCUAUUUCCGGUUGAGGAGUGCGAGGAAGCUGCUGUACAAGGACAGUAUAACGGUAGCAACGCAACGGCAACCACUCCGGCUAGACUACAGGAGGGUAGCCACAAUGCGUCCUCUCCGUCUGGUGAGAACUACGCGGUGAGUAGGGAUUUGGUGUCCCUUGCAGCGGGUUUUUUCUCGUCUCCGGGAAAGCGCACCGAACACGCCAGACUGGCGAAGGCCAGUGUUGCCACGGCAAAUAGGAUCGACCCGGAAUUGUUGGCCCGAAAACCAGGAGAGAACAUUCCCUCACCAGUGAAAGGAGCGUCCUCCGGCAGUUCAGAGCCAAACGUCCGAACCAUCGCAAGCCGAAAAGAAGUGAUCCACCACCAACUCGAAAUGCAGAAGAGACUAGCGACGAAGGGCCGGGUGCUAAACCCGACGUUGCGGGACGCUUCAAACAGGCAAGCAUCCGCUCGCAAUUCUACCACCUCCGAGAGCACGACCGCCCGAAACUCUGCAUCGGCAAGGAACCGUCCAGGAUCGGUAUUUCGUAGGAGCGAUUUUGCAUAAUUGACAUCGUGAUUGCGAGUUGAUCAAAUUCAAAGUUUUUUUCUUGUUUCCUACUCUUGUUAUUGCUUCGGAUUCGGUCUUUGAGGCUGUCCGAUUCUCAUAGAUUGUCGAACGCGACAAUAUCGAUCACUACUGAUUUAUGAUUCCUUUUGCUGCAACGAAAAAAAAAUAAAAGAUGUGUACUAGUAGUUCUUUUGAAAACCAAAAAUCAACCUUUUAUUUUGAAAAUUUCACAGGCUGCGCAACGAAAUCAGCUGAUAACUCCGGCAAUACAUGACGACGUGUAUGUGCAGCGAAUGAUGGAAACGGGCGGCGUGAUCGACGAGACGGAUGCUGUUUCCGUCGUUUCUGGGGCGUCCUCUGAGCGCGUUCUCUACGCUCCCCGCGGCGAGAGACCUCGAGCGCAACAAGACCAAAGUGUUCGGACAGCGUCCUUCAGGUCCAGAGCAAUAGAAACGGAGGCCGUAGACCAAAAAGCGUUGCAGCAGCAGCAGCAGCGUCUAGAGCGACACCUGCUCCCCGGCAGUGUGCCUUCCCCCACCGAGCCAGACGCGUCUUCUUUCACGACCACCAGAAGAACCACGGCAGACAGCGCGGCGGCGAGCACCGAUGUGGACCAGGCCAGCGAAGCGACCGUGACUACCGUCAGCUCCAAGCGACCGCAAUCGAGCUCGCGUGCGCGCGGACGCAGAUCGGUCGCGGAGGUGAUAGUGUCCUCGCAGCAACAACAGCAGGAGGUCGGCGCGGUAAAAGCGUCAGCGGGGGUGUCAGCUACGCCUUUGCCAGCACUUGUCGACCAGAAGACUGUCCUUUCCGCAGCCAAGACGAAAACUGCAUCAGCACCGGUAGUUGUACCUUCCCUCGUGACGAGACUAGACUUCAGAACGAAGCUGCGACUAGACUUCUCGAGCAUUUUUGAGGAGCGAGAACGUAAAGAGUUGCUGCGGCAGCAGCGCGCGAAGGAUCGCAUGUCGCUCGUGGACUUGUCUCGGAAGAGCAAGGAUCGCAGCCCCGCAAAAUUUUCCACGUCUAACGGCAGUAGCCCGGUGAAGAAGACGAAUACGACUAGUGCAAUGCACCCAGGAGCCGUAUUUGUGAACGACGAGUGGUCUACUCCAUCGGGCUCCCCUUUGUCUUCCGGUCGGUCCUCUAAUCUCGCAGCUAUGCCGUCGAAGAAGUCUUCCUCGCUUUUUGGGACCUUUUUCACGUCUAUGCUGACACGAGUGCCGUUGCUUCCCUUCACACGAACUUCGAGAGCGACAGGAGAACCGAGAAGGAGGACAGCGUCCGGCAUUGCAGCAGCUGCGCCGCAGAUCAAGUUUCUAUCGCCCCCCUCCGCACGACAGGACGAUGCAGAAGUAAUAGUAAGCCACGCGUCUGCUUCAGUACCGCUCGCCACGGUGGAUCACAGAAAACAAGCGAAACUGCGCGCGCUCGAUGCCAUGUUUUGAGCUCACGGGGCAUACUAAAGAAAGGGGGUGCCGUCCGUGUGCCUUUUUUUUUGCUUUCUAAUAUUAUUGCAAAUUUCUCAUACAACAUGGAUUCAAAUCAUCAUGCAUAAAUCAUUUACGUAGCGUCUUCAAUUUCUUUGUAAUCACAAAUAUAAACAAUAACAAAAACAGUAGCUCUCAAGCGUUUUUUAGCUUUGAAUUCUUUACAUUACACGAACUAUUUUUUCAUCCAAUUUUUUUUUAUCUACGAGUUUACUUUACACGAUUUUUUCAAACGAGUUUUUUUAUUUUAUGUUUACAGCCAGGAACAAGGAAUUUCGCGGCUUCGGUCGCGACAAUUCUAGGAGGUCUUUGUGUCUUAUUGCGUUCAUUCGUGUUUUUCGAUAGGUUUCGCAUUUUUUCUUUUUCUUGAUUUGUUACACUAAACAUGCUAUAUUUUUCUCUCCAUCCCCGCCGACUAGCUACUUUAUCCAUCGAAAAUUAAUAUCGUACCAUUUCUAUUCUUAGAAUUGAUGACAUUAUUAAUUUCGUCCGCUUGACCUAGCCGCGACCGUUGCUCGAGGAAAAUAAAUUUUAUCAUAAUACUACGCGCCACUCAGUAUGUACUCCGGAGUUUCGCUGCGACUGCGAUCAUGCCCAAAACGAAAAAAGUAUCUCGGAGACUGUUAGUUAGUAUGCAGCUGCAAAACGUCAUCCAGUAUACUUCGUCCCGCACUUCUGUAUCGCAGCAGACUCUCGGAGGUUGAGGCACAGCUGCCUUGCUUUUCAAUCGGAGCAUUGCGUGCCUGGUCCAAAAUAGUAACAACAGCAAAUAACGAGCACGGUCACGCCUCAUAUAUUAGUCGCACAGCAUGCGUCUUGUCGUUGUUUGAAGCAAAUAGAUACCACGGUAAGCAGAAAAUCGUGUUGCACCGCGCCGCCGAGCUUCUACCAGAAGCAGAACACAUUUCAUAUGUUGCAUUCUUACGCUGCUGUUGCGAUCACACACAGAUGUCCCACGGUCUCCCCAGACCACCACCUCUGUCAAGCGCUGGUCCCAGAAGAGUAAUAAAGCGAUAAAGUAGACCAAGAUAUGUUUUCUCCUCUCUGACGUAUAUUCAGUUCUACGCCAUUCUGUCUGACACCGCUGU